AUGUUUUCGAUGAAAUCUAGCAUAAACGAGUGCCUGCAAGCUCAACCCACCGCGACAGAACGGAAACAUUCCAAUGGUCCGAUCAGUUUCAGUCGUCUCCCCCUGCUGCCUACCUUUGAGAUCCAACUUGGUGUGGCGCCCCAGAGUGAUGGCAGCAAGUCCAACAAUCAACUGCAGAAGGAGCUACGUGGUACCCAGAACGGUGUCUACUUCGGUGGCCCGGACACGCAAGCCUUCCUACAAAAAUAUGCUGCUUCGGCUGACGAACUGCACUCAUUUCUGGUUGGACAUCAAAGUGGAGGCAGUACUCAGGUUUUCCUGAGACUGGAGAACAGUGGAAGUGUGCCAGCUGAAUUUCAAUUCCUUUUCCCGUCGCAACUUCGACCACCCAGGGAGAACUGGCUGGAGACC